AUGGAAUUACUGAAUAGAUAUAUUGAGCUUGAAGUAUGGCAACAAGAAUUGCCAAAUUUGAAGUUGCCACUUGUGGACGCCGCCUUAUGGAAGAUAUGGAAAGAGCGGAGUGUUGAUGCAGCAGUUUUUACAUUCGAAAACAGAUGUGCCAUGACCAUAUGGCCUGCGAUCCAACCUUCUGCCGGGCGACCCUUACUCAUGAAAGGUGGUCUUGAGCUUAAACCUCAAGAAUCAACGAAUGUGACAGCUCCAAUAGGAUGGUCAGGACGCUUUUGGGGCCGAAGCGGAUGCAACUUCAAUAAUCAUGGUGAGGGAACAUGUGAAACUGGAGACUGCGCAAAUGGUCUUUACUGCAACGGUGCUGGAGGACAACCCCCAGCUUCGCUAGCUGAGUUCACCCUCGAUAGCCCUUUAGAUUUUUAUGAUGUUAGCCUCGUGGAUGGAUAUAACUUGCCCAUAUCGAUAUUCCCAUAUGACGACUCGCGAGUUUGCCCCAGCAUUAGGUGUGACACUGACUUGAACCUACACUGCCCUUCUAAUCUGCAAGUGAAAGGGGAUCAUGGAGAGACGGUGGCAUGCAAGAGCGGAUGCACAGCUUUUCAGUCACCUGAAUAUUGUUGCACUGGUCAGUUCCAGGAUCCUAAUAUAUGCAAGCCCACGAAAUACUCGGAAUAUUUCAAGCAUGGUUGCCCUACUGCUUACAGCUAUGCUUUUGAUGACGGAUCAAGUACUUUUACUUGCCGAGAAGCCAAUUACAUGAUCAUAUUCUGUUAA